AUGAUAGUUUUCUUCCCAGGAAUGCUAGCCAUAGAUACAGCUCGCCCCAGGAACUCCACCCUGCAUCAUCUCACCAAGCAUCUGUUACAGAAAUAUCACAAGGACGUGAGACCGGUUCACGACUGGUCAGAGGCCACCACCGUGUACCUGGGCGUCUUCGUCCGCGCUGUCCUGGCUGUGGAUGUGCAGAACCAAAAAUUAAAGACAAACAUAUGGUACAGUGAGGUUUGGGAUGAUGAGUUUUUGUCAUGGAACUCCAGCACGUUUGAUGAUAUUAGCGAGAUCUCCUUACCUCUAAGUGCUAUCUGGGCCCCUGAUAUCAUCAUAAAUGAAUUUGUGGACAUUGAAAGGUUACCUGAGCAUCCCUAUGUUUAUGUGAACUCAUCUGGGACCAUUAAGAACUCCAAGUCCAUCCAGGUGGUCUCUGCUUGCAGUUUGGAGACGUAUGCUUUUCCAUUUGAUAUCCAGAACUGCAGCCUAACCUUCAAGAGCAUUCUGCACACAGUGGAAGACGUAGACCUGGCCUUCCUGAGGAGCAGAGAGGACAUUCAGCAUGACAAAAACGCGUUUCUGAAUGACAGCGAGUGGGAGCUUCUUUCUGUGUCCUCCACGUACAACACCCUGCAGAGCAGCGCUGGAGAGUUCGCGCAGAUUCAGUUUCACGUGGUGAUUCGCAGACACCCACAGGUCUACAUCGUGAGCCUGAUGAUUCCCAGCAUCUUCCUCAUGCUUGUGGACCUGGGGAGCUUCUACAUACCACCCACCUGCCGAGCCAGGAUAGUGUUCAAGACCAGUGUGCUGGUGGGCUACACCGUCUUCAGGGUCAACAUGUCUGGGGAGAUGCCACAGAGCACAAUGAGCACCCCUCUGAUUGGAGUCUUCUUCACCGUCUGCAUGGCCUUCUUGGUUCUCAGCUUGGCUAAGUCCAUCUUGUUGGUCAAACUCCUUCACUACGAGCAGCGCAGUGGGCAGGAGCGGCCCCUCUUGUACCUUCGAGGGGACACUGAUGCUGAUGGGCUUAGCCUGGAUCCCAGGGCCCACCUGGACGGGGUGACAGAGUCCCCAGUCUGUCAAGAGCACCAGGCCCAGUCAGGGACCCUAAAGGAAGUCCUGUCCCAGCUUCAAUCCAUCAGCAACUACUUCCAAACCCAGGAGCAGGCGGACCAGCAGGAGGUCAGGUGGCUGGCCAUCCUGGGACGCGUGGACCGGCUGCUCUUCCAAGGCUACCUUGUCGUGCUGGGGCUCUUCGCCACCUCCCUGGGCGCCCUCUGGGCGCGGUGGGGCUGCUGGUGA